GCUGAAAGUCCGUACCCGUCACGCAAUCACAGUGCAGCAUAUACAAUGCAUCCACACGAACGACAGUACGUGUACAUGUGUGCACACCGGUCAUUUCUGAAAUCUUUCUUCAUGCAUGAUUGACAUGUAUUUAGCAGACGUGACACCUUCAGGCUCGUCUUGACAGUAGAUAAGAUUUUAGAAGACGGACGGCAUGUCAGACCAGCAGCAACAGCAGAAACAGCAGAAACAGCAUCCCUCGGGGGAGGGUGCAGGCCCCCUACCCAGGGGUCUGAUCGGACGGUGUGGGGGUGCAGUCAACCCCAGCACCAGACUCCCAUCCCUGCGGCCAGCCAGGGACCUUACCCUUGGGGGAGUACAAAAGAGAGCGUUUAAGCCCAAUCUUAACAUGGCUGGAAGAAAAGACAAAAGCCAAAAGGAAUCUUCAAAAUGCAACACCGGCAACGGAGUCCCGACAUCCUCAACACCAAGGCAAAAAGGUCAAAGUUCAGAAAGGGGUGACAGAGGUCGAGGUCGGGGACGAGGCAGGGGGCGUGGCAGGCCAGAAACUAUUCAGUCCCAUUCCAUUUUUGAGGAGGGCCCCGCUGACAGGCUUAAUAAGAGAGGAGGUGGUCAUUAUGGGGGAGGGGACAGCCGUACCCCAUCGUCCUCAUCCAAAACAAUCAAGAGGGAGAAGAUGACCGAGGAGGAGUCCAAGAGAAUGCGAGACAUCCUCUUCAGAGAUGAUUUUGUUAGCGACUUGGAUAAAGAUGAAGACACAAAGUACUGCCCCAUCCACCUCCCCCUCCAGUCCUCACUGACGGUAAAAAAAGAACUGAAGAAAGAGAAAGACUCAGAUGCGAUGGAAUGUACAGAUGACAGCAUGAAAGAAAUUAAAAAAGAGCUCACCGAUGACAAUGACAUUGAAAUGAUGGAAGUUGACACCAAACCAGUCCCCGAAAAGCUCAGCACGCAGCCCAAAACAGCAACAAAGUCCCUGCCUAAGAGGACCACGUGUGCUGCCUUGUUUGGCCGCCGCUUGAAAUCGGAGGGCGAACUCAUGUUCUUCCAGUUGCCCGACACCCUCCCCGGUCAGCCCCUGUCGAAGGAGGAUGAGGACCAGAGGCCAAAGGUCAAGCGGGAGCCGGGCACCCCGAUAGCUGAGCAAGAUGCAAAGAAGAAACAAAAAGAGGAGAAGAGAUCAAACAAGUGCACCCUUGAGAGUCUACCUGAAGGGUAUCUGGGCAAGCUACAAGUGCUGAAAUCUGGAAGGACGAGGCUCCUCCUCGGAAACGUCACUCUUGAUGUAACCACGGGAGCACCCUGUGGGUUUUUACAGGAUCUGAUGUCCAUCCAGCUAGACGAUGACGAAAGGACAGGGGAGAUGACCAGGUUAGGACAAGUCAGUCAUCGGAUUGUCUGCACACCGGACUUUGAAAGUCUGUUACGCCUAGCACCUUCAAAGUGAAUCCCACUCCCAGAGGUUGAUGGACUGAAAGGCUAAAAAUCUGAAGGCUGUCCUUGGGCAUACCAUUUGACAUAAUCAACCAUUGCAAUGCAGAAAUGGACACAGUUCCUUGAGCCACCAUGACGAGCUUUACGCCAGAUGAAUGAAUUUUUCUUUCAAGACAUGCGUCACUUAAAAGGAUGUGUACUCCAGACUCUAGGCAUGUCUGUUUUUACAACAGAUAAAAGCUAAUGACUUCUGUAAUCAACAGACAAUUGCAUUAUCACCCAAGCUCAGGUGCAUUUCUGUAAAAAUGAAGGCAGUACCAUUUGUGCACAUUCAGUUUAUAACCGAUCACACCCACCUCUUGCCAUUUGCGCAGUGAUUAACUGAAAAAUCUUUUCCUUUGUUGGACAACACCUCCUGCCCUUGCAUUCAACGUUAUCAAAGACAGUAAAUUAAACCAGUUCAAGUAGAAAGCUUUACAGUUACUGCAGUGCAACUCCUAUAACGAUGUCUCUCUUUCUUCUCUAUUAUAUUGCACUAUGGCUUCCCACUGUUGUCCCCUGAACAAAUGUAUUGACACUUGGGAAUAAUCCCAAACUGGGUAGCUCAGUUGGCAGAGCAUUCCAGAGGCUGCAGAUCACGUCUCACUCGUUAUAUAUCGUUGUUUACCUGUAUAAUUUACUUUGUACCACUAAGAAAUCUAGACCAUUGCUCAUGUACUCGGAUAAAUCCAUCCUUUGUGAAUACUUGUACAUUAACCAGGACCUCUGGUUGGAGUGAAUACCAUGUAACACAGGUACACUCUUGGCCAAUCAGGACAGAGUAUUCUGCUUAUGUCGUGGUAAGCAACUAGUCGUAUGAGAAAAUUGUGAAGACUGACUUUCCAGUUUAACUGAGUUACCUGUUUAUAUUUGACAAUUUUGUUAUUAAAAUACAUCUGUGUAAAGUGAUAAUUAGCAAA